UUAUAUAUGCAGCCUGCUGCUGUUGUUUGUGAGUACACACACGCUUUACACAGCUCGAACCUACAGCCACACAUCCACCACCAUGAGGGAGUUCAAGAGCAAGGAUUUCUGGAGGGCCGUCCUGGCCGAACUGGUCGGCAUGACCCUUUUCAUUUUCCUCAGCAUCUCCACGGCUAUUGGGAAACCGAACAACAAGAACCCGGACCAGGAGGUGAAGGUGUCGCUGGCCUUCGGACUGGCCAUCGCCACGCUGGCCCAGAGUUUAGGCCACAUCAGUGGAGCCCACCUGAAUCCUGCAGUCACCCUUGGGAUGCUCGCCAGCUGCCAGAUCAGCGUGUUGAAGGCGGUCAUGUACAUUGUGGCCCAGAUGCUGGGUUCAGCUCUGGCCAGUGGCAUUGUGUAUGGAGCACGUCCAAAUGGCACUGAUGCACUGGGACUUAACUCUCUCAGCGGUGUCACUCCCAGCCAAGGCGUGGGCAUAGAGCUCCUGGCAACCUUCCAGCUCGUGCUGUGUGUCAUUGCAGUCACUGAUAAAAGGCGGCGUGAUGUCACCGGCUCAGCACCCUUGGCCAUUGGCCUCUCUGUCUGUCUGGGACACUUGGCAGCUAUCAGCUACACCGGCUGUGGCAUCAAUCCCGCUCGCUCCUUUGGUCCGGCUUUGAUCCUGAACAAUUUCAAGGACCACUGGGUGUACUGGGUAGGGCCAAUGUGUGGCGGCGUAGCAGCAGCUCUCAUUUACGACUUCCUGCUGUCCCCCAAAUUCGACGACUUUCCCGAGCGCAUGAAGGUCCUGGUCAGCGGCCCCGUGGGCGACUACGAAGUUAACGGAGGCAACGACAACGCGACUGUGGAGAUGACGUCGAAAUAGUCCCACGCAGUCACGGCCACUUAGUUUCAUUGUACAUGUUUAUGCUCCUGUAAAAUAAAAAAAACUAUUGAAUUUAGUGUAAGAUGUUUUUGUGCUGUUUUCAAAUACCAAUGAGGAUUGCGGUAACGGGUCAGUUAGCGUCUCUUUCUAAUUCACUCCUUCGUUUGACCCCAAGCCGCACAAGCAUACGAGUCAAGGACAGAGCAGUGUGCUGAAAUGUUUUCCCAUAUCAGUAUUCUAAUGAUGAGCCAUUUUUUUUUGUAUACUCCUUUGUGCCUGUACCACGUUGUAUUUCUGAUGGAUAAUGUAUUUUACACUCUUGAAAUGUCUCUCACUUUUUUAAGUAAAUAAAACACUUGUUGUUAACAGCUGUUA